AUGAGUGAAUUACCAGCACCAAAGUGCACAUCGGAUGUUUAUCGGUAUAUCGGUCGAAUCAUUGAAGAUGCGCUAAAGCAAACUGAACAAAUAUUAAUGAAACUAAAGACGCGACGUGAUGAUACGACAAUAAAUGUCAAAAACAAAACAGUAAGGCUAAAUGAAAUAAAUACAAGAAAAAAUAAAUCUUCUACGGUGCAUGUAGGAAGCUCAGUCGGAUACAAUGCUGAACGAAUCUUAGAUAAUACGUUGCCAGCUGGGACGACACAGUACCCGGGAAAGACAAGCAGUGCAUCAUGGCAGAUUAUCGACUUGUUGAGUUUUCCCGUGGACGAUGAAGAGCGGAAUUUACGACUCGAUGAUCGAGUUUUCACGUCUCUCGACCAAAAAUCAAUAAUGCUUAUGCGUGAGUACGACUACUUCCCCAAUCACGCUUAUCAACAGCAGCAACAUAAAGUGAUGGAUCUGCAACAACGGCAUGUGGAAUCAGAUCAAGGGAUGGCAGUAUCCCGCUAUCAACAAUUGGAUGGACGUCAUCCUAGCGAAGAAUAUCAACAACAACAAUCGAUUUUUCCUAAUGAUAUAUACUACCGCCAACCUGAUUUGCGUCGACAGCGACAAAAUCACCGCCAACAAUUAACCAGCUACGGUAAUUCGCACCAACAACAAAUGAAAAAAUUCGGCACACAUCGUUCAGCUUCAGUCAAGACUGUUUCUCCAGAACAAUUUCAACAACCGCAUCAGCGGGUAUUGCGAAUUCAGAAGCCUAAAGUUCAUGAGUAUGGAAGAGUGGCUGAUAAAGAUUUAUUAUUAAACCAAAAUCUGUCAACCUCAGUAUCUUAUGCUGAUCCUUUGAAUGCUGAAGAUGAAUCCAAAUCCAUCAGCAAAGAGGAUGAUUCGACUGCGGAAAGUAGUGUUGAAUUGGAGAAAGUAUCAGAGAAGCUCCAGAAGACAAAAUCACACAGAGAAGAAAGAAAGCCUGAGUCAGAAUUAAAACCACAUCGUGAGAAACCAAGUGAAAGUUCCAGCAGUUUUCAAGUUGAUGAGCAAAGGACAUCUAGUGGAAGCAGCAAUACUCAUAAUGCCGGACGAUCAGCUUCUGAUACAUUCGUUCAUUGUCAGUGUUCACGGAUAAUCGAUAAUCCGAAUACCUUAUCUUAUCAGUUGAUAUCGGAAAUGAAUUAUAUAACAUUUAGUUCAAAUGAACUAAAAUGA